AUGCCACAUAUCAGUGCCCAUCUCAGCUGCCUUUCAGUGUUACCCAUCAGUGCCAGUCAGUGCCACCUAUCAAUGCCAAUCAGUGCCACCUAUCACUGCUGCCAAUCAGUGCCACAUAUCAGUGCCAGUCAGUGCCGCCUAUCAGUUGUCGCCUAACAGUGCCAGUCAGUGCCACCUAACAGUGCCAGUCAAUGCCGCCUAUCAGUGCCAGUCAGUGCUGCAUAUCAGUGCCCCGCCUAUCAGUGCCAUAUAUCAGUGCUGCCUUUCAGUGUCCAUCAGUGCAGCCUAUCAGUGCCCAUCACUGCAGCCUCAUUAG